GCCCCCACCUGCUUAUCCAAGGGCAAAUGUGCUAGUCUGCAGCCCUGCGCUAGUCGCUGGGGCCUGUGAGAUCUGUCUCAACGCUGGCCUCUUCACUGGUUUAUCUGCGUGCAAAUGUGCGACCAACUGCAGACAGCUAGCAGCGCCUCUCCCCUGGGUUCUGCUGGUAGGUAGCCCACACCUGGGAUCCGUACUCCAGGCUGCCUGUGCACCACCCGGAUCUUUUUUUUGCCCGACCGGCUCUGCUGCUGGUUUCGCCCCUCUCACCGGUUUAGCUGAGUGCAAUGACAAUGCAGUUUAUUAGUCAUCAGUUCCCUGAUUACCAUGACCCCACUAUUGAAGAUGCUUAUAAGACCCAGGUCAGGAUCGACAAUGAGCCAGCUUAUUUGGACAUCUUGGACACUGCCGGUCAGGCGGAGUUCACAGCCAUGCGGGAGCAGUACAUGCGAGGUGGGGAGGGAUUCAUAGUCUGCUACUCCAUCACCGACCGCCAAUCAUUCCAGGAGGCUGCCAAGUUUAAAGAGCUCAUUUUUCAGGUCCGUCACACCUAUGAAAUUCCCCUGGUGCUGGUGGGUAACAAAAUUGACCUGGAACAGUUCCGCCAGGUCUCUACAGAAGAAGGCUUCGGUCUAGCCCGAGAAUAUAACUGUGCUUUCUUUGAGACCUCUGCAGCCCUCAGAUUCUGCAUUGAUGAUGCCUUUCACGGCUUAGUGAGGGAAAUCCGCAAGAAGGAGUCUGUGCCAUCCUUGACGGAAAAGAAACUGAAGAGAAAAGACAGCCUGUGGAAGAAGUUAAAAGGCUCACUGAAGAAGAAGAGAGAAAACAUGACAUGAUAGCCUUACUUCUAACACCCUUACUCUUUCUCUUUGAAUUUCAUCAGGUGGACAGUUCCAGAUGUUGCAUUCUGCUUCGGUUCUCUCUUUGUCUCUGUCUGUCUCCCCCAAUAUCUGCUGGUAGGUUAAAGCAAGAUCUGUAUAAACGUACCUCUUGAAAUAGCUUUGUUUUGCCCUUAAC